AGCCGCAUUGCUCGCACCGCAUCUUCGCAUCGCUUCGAGUUCGGGUCUCCCACUUCGGGUUCGCUCGCUCGGCCCGGUCGGUUCGAGAAGGAAAAGGAAAAAAAAAGGAUAAGCAAGCAGCACGGGGACGACUCGACUCGAGCGGCGAGGAGGCGGAAAAUAAAAAAAGAGGAUAAGGCGAGGCGCGACCGGGCGGCCACCGCGCUCUCGCAGAUCCGUCCUCCUCCCGCGCAGAUCCAGCUCGCCGGCGCGCCCUCGCGCGGACGCCGUACCCUCGCGCCCGGAUCCCGGCAUCGGGGUUCCAGCCUCCUCAGAUCCAGCGUUACCAGAUCUGUGUCCCGCUGGCGCCUGGGCACAUGACACCGACGGUCCUAAUGGAGUUUGGGCAGCAGAGGCCCAUAAAACGGGGCUAUGAGGAAAUGGCCUUCCGGGGCGUGGCGCCAGCUGCGCCUCGGGGGUACGCAGCAGAGACAGUUGCGGAGUCGGAAUGUGUAGCUGGCAGCCCUGUUCGUGUUGAUUCCGAGGACUCUUCAGCGCCGAAGCGCAAGUGCAUCAGCCUGAACAGCGAUGGCUUUGACGUGAAGCGGGAGAUCUUUGUGCCAUCCAAGAUGUCAUCGUCUGAGCGGCGGUAUCUUCGGAAGAGAUUCCGGGCGGAGCUUGAUUCUGUGCGAGAUCUCCUCAAGAAGCCAGAGUUUGCAACCCCUGUUCCGGUGAGUCGGGCACCUGCGUUGUCAUCCUCAGCAGCCCCUCGAGCCAAGAAGGUGCACCGUGGGAGCAAUGUUGCCCGUGGUGCAAAGGGACGGUUCUUGCCUGCUAAACCCCGGCCUGAACCUUCUGCAGAGUUAUCUGAAGCUGCAGUGUUUAAGCAGUGUGAAGGUAUUUUGAAGAAGCUCAUGACUCAGAAAUAUAGUCAUAUAUUCAAUGUCCCUGUUGAUGUUGUGAAGCUGCAAAUUCCUGAUUAUUUUGACAUAAUCAAGACCCCAAUGGAUCUUGGUACUGUCCAGAAGAAGCUUGAAUCUGGCUCAUACAGAAGUCCAUCAGAUUUUGCUGCUGAUGUUAGGCUGACUUUUAACAAUGCGAUGGCUUACAAUCCUCGUGGCCAUGCCGUACAUGACAUGGCCAUCCAGCUGAACAAGAUGUUUGAGAAUAGAUGGAGGACAAUUGAGAAGAAGUUAGCUUCUAUGUCUGCUGAGAAACAUGUUGAGGUUGACAGGGCUGACUCGAAGAGGCGGAAGACUCCUGUGGACUGCAGUGAUGUGUCAGUGGAGGGUGUACGUCAAACAGAGCCUGUAAAGCCUAAGAUGACAGCUGCUGAGAAAGAAGCCUUUGGGAACUGCUUGGCUUCUAUAGCCGACGACUUACCUUCUCACAUCCUUGAACUGCUGCAACAAUGCAUUGACAGUAAUGCCGAUAUGGCUGGUGAUGGAGAGAUAGAGAUUGAUAUCCAAGCAGUCAGUGAUGACCUGCUAUUUGAGCUGAAGAAACAAGUUGACAAGUAUUUGCAGGAGCGAGAGCAGAGUCAGCAGGUGGCGAAAUCUGAGCCUUCUGAGAACGAAGCUGUGAAUGUGUCUGGCCUUAGCCACUCGUCUACAAAUCCUUGCAAAGGUAGUGAGCCUAUCGAGGAGGAUGUGGAUAUUUGUGGCAAUGCCUCCCCUAUCAUGUUAGACAAAGAUGCACAAAUCAGGAGUAGCAAGUGCGGUAGUCCAAGUAGUUCCAGCAGUGACUCUGGAUCAUCUUCUAGCGAUUCAGACUCAGGCAGUGAUUCUGAAAGUGAAUCAGAAAAAGUGGGCAGCCCAGCAAAGAUUGCGAAGGGUACUAAGAAACCCGACCAGCUGGUGGAGCAAGAAAAGAGUGAUGUUAUUAGUCCAGCUGAUGCCAACUGUCCUGCGGAUACUGUGGGACUUCGUGAAGACGAUAGUGAAUCAAAGCCUGCACCAGAGGGGGAAAACUCAAAACCCAAUACACAAGUCUCACCGGACAGACUUUUGCGAGCUGCCCUUUUGAGGAGCCGUUACGCUGAUGUGAUUGUCAAAGCUCGUGGCAUUCUGAGCCAGGGUGGAGAUAAACAGGAGGAACUGGAAAAGCUCCAGAAGGAAGGUAAAAGGCAUACCAACCUGUCUUGCUGCUGCUCACUAUCUAGUUUCUCUUUCUCUAAUAAGUAUGUUCUCUUUUUAUUUGUAAAUGCAGAGAAAGCACGGCUAUUGGCUGAAGGCAAUGCAGCUAUGGAGGCUCAAAGAGCUGAAGCUGAAGCUGAAGCUAAGCGUAAACGUGAUUUUGAGAGGGAGAAGGCUCGUCAGGCCCUACAGGAGAUGGAGAGAACUGUAGAGAUCAAUGAUAACCUCCAUCUCAAGGAUUUGGAAAUGCUCGGAGCAGCCACAGCAGAACAUAUUGUGAGCUCUGUUGAUGAGACUAGUCCAGAGCGCUCCCAGGAUGGCAGGACUGGUUUUCAACCAGGAUCUGUCAAUCCGUUGUUAGAACGACUUGGACUUUUCAUGAAGGUAGACGAUGAGGAAGAUGACGAAGAGCCGAGCAGUGUUCCCGGCGUUAAAGAAGCAGAGGAAGGAGAGAUCAAUUGAGGGUUCUGUCUUGGCUGCCAUGCCCUGUCGUGGGCUAGAGGCUGGCGCGAACCUAUUGAUUCAACAAAGUGAUUGCCUCUUGCAGCCAAUGUUUGCCUGGUGAUGGCUGGACAGCUGCACGCGGAAGAUGCUUAAUUGCUUCCAAACUGGUGCGGUGAAAGCCAUAAAUUUUGUUGCUGCUGAUGCCAACCUUGAAGAAAUCACCUUGAACAAUUGUAAAAACGAGAGAUCAUGUGCUUCAGGAAGGCUUGCUGCAGGUCGAGGUCACCGUGGACAGCUCCAAAUGAACAUAUUUAUAUGCAGAGGAAGGUAUUUUUUUGACGCCCACAUGAAAGAUGGCGACGUGAUACUCAAAUGAUGCCGAACUGGUGAAGUUGAAAUGGCUCAUUGUUUGCCGCAACUCUUCUAUUUGGAGUGGGUUUGCCCAGCGGCUUAUAGCAGUUCUCAUCUUCUGUUUUUGCCUUUAUUUUUCUUGUUUUAGAUUGUGUAGUUGCUUCCUGCUGUAAAUCUGAAUUUUGAUGUAGUGAAGGAAGCCCUAGAUUGUUGGGCAUGGGCAAAAGGAACUGCUCUUGCUUAGCAUUUACAGGAAAAAAGUUGUUUUUGCGGAUGCACGUCCAGCACUUUUUAUGUUUUCUAUAAUUACAUUUUUCGCAAUUUGUCGUGGAAA